AUGGAUUUCAACGAUCGGGAAUUGAUAGACCUUUUUGAAGACAGCUCUGAUGAUGAAUUUGAAGGAUUUGAGAAUGGAGAUAUAGGAAGAGAAAGACAGAAUGCUGCCCGUGUCAGUUUGUUGGAUUUUGCUCCAGAACACGAUGCCGACCACCCCGAUGAUUUGGAAAACGGAUGGGUUCGCCCGACCGUCAACAACAGACCUCCACUACCAGACUUCGAAGGACAGUCGCAACUGAACUCUGGUGUCAAUGUUGAAAUGAAACCAAUUGACUUUUUCCAAAUUUUCAUCGACGACAAUUUUUUGAACACUUGUGUUGAACAAACGAAUUCUUAUGCCUGCUUCAAGCAGCAAGCUUCAGAUGUUGGGGAAAAUGUCUACCUCGCGUCCUGGAAAGAUGUCGAUCUAGAUGAGAUGAAAGUGUUCAUAGCUGUUGUUCUGAACAUGGGACUCGUUCCUAAACAAAAUCUGAAAGACUUCUGGACGAACAGUGGGCCGACAAGGACUCCUUGGUUUUCCAGGACAAUGAGUCGGGACCGUUUUUUCCACAUAUUGUGGAAUUUCCAUAUAAGUGAUGUGGAAGAAGAACUGGAUCAGGACCAAGACAACAGGGAUCGUCUUUUCAAAGUAAGACCCCUGAUCAAGAGAUGUUUGGAUAGCUUUUCGUCAGCUUAUUCUCCUCAGAGAGACCUCGCGGUGGACGAAGCAACCUGCCCUUUCAAGGGGCGUUUGAGGUUCAAAGUAUAUAAUCCCGCCAAACCAAAUCGCUUUGGGAUAAAACUUUAUACCCUCUGCGAGUCCUCGUCGGGUUACUGUUUGUACUUUGACGUUUAUUGUGCCCAACUUUCACCCCUGGAUGAAGCUGCAGUUUCGACAGGCUUGCCUGCCACAGCUGGGUCUACUGAAAAGAUUGUGUGUGGGCUGAUGGAGAAGGCUGGGUGUUUACACAAAGGACACCAUCUAUAUAUGGACAAUUACUAUUCAUCGCCAGCCCUCUUCCAACAUCUCGCAGCGCUCAACACGUACGCGUGUGGAACUGUUCGCCCCAACAGACGUGGCCUGCCUUCGGUGUUCAGGCUUCCGGUCAAUGCCAACAUGUCUGAGUUUCAAACCGUGGCGCGUGUGAAUGACCGCUUGACCGCCAUCAAAUAUCAACACAAGCGGUCUGUUCAUGUCCUCUCGUCCAUCCAUGACCCCACAGGCCAGGUGGUUUAUAAACCUCGGCGCAAAACUGCGAUGAAGCCAUCAUGCAUUCUGGACUAUUGCUCCAAGAUGGGUGGGGUUGACCUGAUGGAUCAGGUCACCUCGUACUACGAGAUUUCGAGAAGGUCCCUCAAGUGGUGGAGGAAGCUCGCCUUCUAUCUCAUGGACCUCUGCCUCGUGAAUGCAUUUCAACUCUACCUGAAGUUUUCUCCAGCACAGAAGAAACUCACUCAUGCUGAGUUUAGAAAAAGCAUUGUGGAGACGCUGGUCUCAGAGGCUCCUUCAGCGAGAAGGCCCACGACACAAGGUGGGAAACGUCGUGCCACCACCGAUGUUCCAGCAUUGCCGAGACUGACGGAGCGUCAUUUUAGUCGUUUCAUUCCGGCUGCUGAAGGCUCUAAGCGGAGCCACGGAGCUCGAGACUGUGUUGUGUGCAAUCUCCCAGCAGCAUCAAGAAAAGGCUGUAAACGACAACAAACCAGCCACUGGUGCCAGGACUGUAACGCCCCCCUGUGCUAUCCUGAGUGUUUUAUUUUAUUUCAUACAAAAAUGGAUUAUCAGCAAGAAGCAAGGAGACAGGAGCUGGGAGGCUACAAAAGGCAAAAGCUCCAAUAA